CUGAAUCUAAUGAAGGAAAUCUUACUACGACAACGUCCCUGGACCGAUCUUUUCGAACCCACCUUCUUUUUCACUUACCGCCAUUACGUUGUGGUGAUUGUGACGGGCGAAGAAAAGCGCUCCUUUGUGGAACUUUGUGGUCUUGUGGAAUCCAGGCUGAGGGUUCUCGUGGGCAACUUCGAGACAAAUCGGUACGUGAAGAUUGCACACGUAAACUGCCGCUCCUACGGUCGAGGGCCUCAGGACACCACAGACCUCGUCAAGAAGUGGUUCAUCGGUAUGGAUUUCGACAGGAACGCCAACUCCACGACAAGCCUAACUCACACGCCCAGUAAUGGUGGCGAGAAGCCGAAACUCAAUAUUGACCUCAGCGACAACAUCAGCUCCUUUGAGAAGUCUAUCGAACGUGGCAUUGUCGAGGAGUCGACGAAUACAGUCACGGUAAAAUACGCCAAGAAGUAA